AUGUCCCAAGGCCUCCUCGCCAUAAUCGGCUCCGGCGGCAUGGGCCUCGCCAUCGCCCGGCGUCUGGGUUCAGGCCGUCGAAUAAUCCUAGGAGACAUCAACCCGGACCGGGCAACCGCAACGCUCCUCUCCGAAGGCUACGCCAUCUCGUCCAUCCGCAUCGACGUCUCCUCUCUCUCGUCCGUGCAAGCAAUGGCGGCGCUCGGGCCCUUCUCGACCAUCAUCCACACCGCGGGCGUCUCGCCGGCCACGGCGACGACGGCGGCGCGGAUCUACGAGGUCGAUUUGCAGGGCACGGCGAACGUGAUCGACGCGUUCUAUCCGUUUGUCGCGGACGGCGGCAGUCUGGUUUGCAUUAGCAGCAUGGCGGGGCAUCUCGCAAACCUCGCUCCGGAGCUGGAGGCGCAUCUGGCCAGCGCGACGGCGGCGGAGUUGGUCUUGGACGGCUUCCCGACGGACCCCAGGCUGGCGUACUGUCUGGCGAAGAGGGGCAACAUCCUUCGCGUCCGGGCGAGUGCGAAGAGGUAUGGCGAGAGGGGGGCGAGGAUUAAUAGCGUCAGUCCGGGGAUCGUCCGGACGCCGAUGGGGGAGCUGGAGUUGAAGGGCGAGAGGGGGAGGGUGGUGAUGGGUAUGGUGGGGUUGAGUGCGUGCAAGAGGGUGGGGACGCCGGGUGAUGUUGCGGGCGUGGUCGCGUUCUUGUGUGGGCAGGAUGCGAGUUAUAUUACGGGGACCGAUGUCUUGGUUGAUGGGGGGAUGGUCGCUGGGCGGGUGUGGGAGGAAGAAAGUGAGGUGAAGUGA